AUGGCCCCGCCCGCGCCCGGGGCGCAGCCUCCAGGCGGCUCGCAGCUGAGGUUCCUGCUGCUCCUGCUGCUACUGCUCCUGCUCGUGUCGUGGCCGUCGCCCGGGGACGCGCUGGCGCUGCCCGAGCCCCGAAGCCCCGACGCCGAGCCCCGGCUGGACGCCCGCGAGCUGCGGGGUCGCGUCCAGGACCUGCUGAGCCGGCUGCACGCCAACCGGAGCCGGGAGGGCGAGAGCUCGGGGCUCGCCCGGGGCCCGACCGUCCGCGUCCUCACUCCAGAAGUGCGACUGGGGCCGCGCGGCCACCUGCUGCUCCGCGUGCGCCGGGCGUCGCUGGCCCGGGGUCUCCCCGAAGCCUACCGCGUGCACCGAGCGCUGCUCCUGCUGACGCCGUCGGCGCGGCCCUGGGACGUCACCGCGACCCUGCAGCGCGCGCUAAUCCUCGGGGGACCCGGCAACCGCACACUGCGCCUGCGCCUGGCGCUGCCCCCCGACCUGGCCGCGACGCCCUCUAGCGGCGCGCGCCUGGAACUGCACCUGCGGCCGGCCGCCGCCAGGGGGCGCCGCAGCGCGCACGCGCGCCUCCGAGACUCCUGCCCGCUGGGUCCCGGGCGCUGCUGUCACCUGCAGACUGUGCAGGCGACCCUCGAGGACCUGGGCUGGAGCGAUUGGGUUCUGUCCCCGCGCCAGCUGCAACUGAGCAUGUGCGUGGGCGAGUGUCCGCACCUCUACCGCUCGGCCAGCACGCACGCGCAGAUCAAGGCGCGCCUCCACGGCCUGCAGCCCGACCGGGUGCCCGCCCCCUGCUGCGUUCCCUCCAGCUACACCCCGGUGGUUCUCAUGCACCAGACGGAUAGCGGCGUGUCAUUGCAGACCUACGACGACCUGGUGGCCCGGGGCUGUCACUGCGCCUGAGCGCCGGGCUGCGCCCCUCACCUGCACUCCACCCUGCUAUUUAUAUUUGUAUUUAUUAAUAUUAUUAAUUUAUUGGGGUAUGGCUGGGUGGGUGGAUUGUGUAUUUAUUUAAAGCUCUGUAAUAAACGUGAGACUGGUUUCUA